UCAACCCACACGUCGUGGCAGUCGGACGUGUUUCACAGUUGGGCCAUAUAAAUAUAUUAUACAUAUGCAGUGUUGUGAUUGUUAUAAUAAAACUAAAUGAUUGACUAACAUUUAGCGGAUUAGAUCCUAGUAAUAGUGUUUGUAACGUAGUUGUCUACAUGCAGUUCCUGUCGUAUGUUAAAGGUGUGCGUCGCGUGUAGUGACUGAGUGCGGUUACCGUUGCGCCGCGCUCCGCCGGUCAACUUAAUAAGUCUUGGAUGUACAGUGACUGUGUUACAGUGAUUUUGCUAAGAUUGAGCGCUUUAGAAAGAACAUGAAAUGUGAUUUAUUAAACAACGGAUGAAAUAGUGUUCAGUGACAAGUUUAUAUAAAUAAAUGUAUCACAAGACCAGAGACUGACGUCAUCGUUUCAUAAGUGUUGGAAUUAUAAUGAAUAAAAACUAAAAUGGAAAGGAAAUUGGUACGCGAGGACUUCAUGAGGAAAAGUUUUCGCGGGCCGAGGGUGUCUCCUGCACCAGAAGGCCAGGCUGCAGCUGUUAACGGGGCGCCUCCACCAUCACCCGUCUCCCUGGCCAUGCUGGAGAGAGUGCCGCGGACUCGUACAGAAUACGAGGUCACAUCGGCGGGGAUAGCUCCCAAACGUCUGGAGAUAAACAGAGCCCAUCCCAUACAUUUAAAAUCAUUUCAAACCGAGCCAGCUGAUGACAUCGGCCCGACGCCUCCAUCGGACGAUGUCCUGCGAAAACUGGAGCGUCAGAUCGGUGAGAUGGAACGAGGCUUGGAACGAGCACAGAACGGAGCCGUUGAAGUAGACGAGCGAGUGAGAUACGCCGAGCAUGAGAAUCUGCUGAGGACCGGCGUGUCAUCGGUCGGUGGCGGAGGUUACUUGCCGGCGGACUCUGACACCGAACACGAUGUGGUGCCGUUCAACAGGAACGAGACCACUAGGAGCAGCACGGGUGCUGCUGCUCCAGCUCCCAGGACGGCGACUCGUCUGUCCAGAACCAACUCUGACACCCAGCAACAUACGGUAGCAGCGACCGCACGGCUGAUGAGGAAACUGGCAGACGGAGGGACCAAGGACGAGAAAACGAAGAACAUCACCAGGAAGGCGAUACAGGCGAGAAUGGAGAGGGUGAAGAACUCGGUCGUCGGCACCAAGCAUGAGCACAGGGUGCUCGCCGAGCACAGAGCUGAGCCGCCCAAGACACCCACAUCACCAGUCACGCCGCGUUCAACUGGACAGAGCGCGUCGGAGACGUCUGCUGGCGCUGGUGGUGCAUCAUCGGGCAGUGCGAGGGUCUCCUCACGGUCCAGGGCCUCGGAGGAACCGCAUAUCGGUAAAUACAAACUUCUAAAGACGAUCGGUAAGGGCAACUUCGCUAAAGUGAAGCUCGCGAAGCAUGUCCCGACCGGUAAGGAGGUCGCGAUCAAGAUCAUAGACAAGACCCAGCUCAAUCCCAGCAGCCUGCAGAAGCUGUUCCGGGAGGUGCGAAUAAUGAAAAUGCUGGAUCACCCAAACAUAGUAAAACUCUUCCAAGUGAUAGAAACGGAGAAGACGCUGUACCUGGUCAUGGAAUAUGCCUCCGGAGGGGAGGUGUUCGACUACCUCGUGCUGCACGGCCGUAUGAAGGAAAAGGAGGCGAGGGCGAAGUUUAGACAGAUUGUAUCAGCUGUACAGUACUGCCACCAGAAGAGGAUCAUACACAGAGACCUCAAGGCUGAGAAUCUCCUUCUCGAUGGUGAGAUGAACAUAAAGAUAGCUGACUUUGGUUUCUCCAACGAGUUCACACCUGGUGCCAAGCUGGACACGUUCUGUGGAUCACCUCCCUAUGCUGCACCCGAACUGUUCCAAGGCAAGAAGUACGACGGUCCUGAGGUGGAUGUCUGGUCGCUCGGUGUGAUCCUGUACACCCUUGUCUCUGGAUCACUUCCCUUUGAUGGGUCAACACUGAGAGAGCUGAGGGAAAGAGUCUUGAGAGGGAAGUACAGAAUACCGUUCUACAUGUCGACUGACUGCGAGAAUCUGCUCAAGAAAUUUCUAGUACUGAACCCGGCUAAGAGAGCUUCCUUAGAGAGCAUCAUGAGGGACAAAUGGAUGAACACAGGGUACGAGGACGACGAGCUCCGGCCGUACGUGGAGCCGCAGCAGGACUUCAAGGAUCACAAACGGAUAGAGGCGCUAGUGUGCCUUGGAUACAAUCGACAAGAGAUCGAAUACUCGUUGGCGGAGGCGAAGUAUGACGACGUGUUCGCCACCUACCUGCUGCUGGGGAGGAAGAGUACUGAUCCGGAGUCUGACGGCAGUAGAUCGGGAUCAUCACUGUCUCUCCGUAACGCGGCAGCACCGGCACAGGCCGCGCAGCAGACGACGGCGGCACACGGAGGGUGCGCGUCUCCGUCGCAUCGCGGUGUGCAGCGCAGCAUCUCGGCGAGCGCGCGGCCGGCGUCCUCGCGCCGCGCCUCCUCCGGCGCGGACGUGUUGCGCGCGCAAGUCGGUACAACAACGACAACAGCUAACAACACCACCUCUACAGCAACCACGACGACGUCUAAUUUUAAAAGACAGAACACAAUCGAUUCAGCGUCCAUCAAGGAAAAUACGGCACGGAUCGCUCAAAUGCAGGUGCAGAACACGACACGGCCGAUAAGCGCCCAGCCUAAGUUGGAACCCCGUUCUCGCAUGAUGACGAGCGGCUCGCGGAGGUCUGAGACACAUCAGACGCACACCGCACAACACCAGGCUACACAUCAGACGGCGCCCAAGAUGUCGCCGCCGCACGAUACACCAAGUGGUGAGAAUAAAAACGGGACGAACGGGACAAACGGGACGAACGGCACGGGCACUGGUAAGACGCAUGUUAAGAGCGCGUCCAUAUCCUCAUCCAGCGGACCGCCGCUCGGUGCCGAGCCCGCCACGCACAACGCCUCCGCUAGGGAUCUAGCGCAGCCGAGACCCAGUUUGAACUCGAGCCUCUCUACGGCUGGGGCUGGUAGUAACGCCGGGGCAGCCAGACGGGACUUCCCCAACCCUCUCGUGUUCCCAAGGAAUGUACCCUCGAGGUCAACUUUCCAUUCCGGUCAAACCGAGCAAUAUAAAGAUUGUCAGACUAGAUCUCGUGGUGGUAGCGCCGGCGGGGCGUACGGCGAUGGCGGUUCCCCGCACCAGGCCAGGCCGAGCUUCUUCUCUAAGCUGUCAUCGAGAUUUUCCAAGCGGUUGAAUCAAAACCCGUGAUCCUGUCCAACGUUCGUGCUCACAGAGAAGAUUCACGUUUUGGCUUUUAUUAUUAUACACUAUUGAUUUUUUUAAAUAUAUUUAUCAAUAAAUAAGGCUAGAUAGAGAUGUGCAAAAAAAAAUUCUAUUUAUGUAUCGAGAAUAACAUUGUAUAUAUUUUUUUAUCCAGCGCUAGAUUGUCAUGAUAAAAAAAAUACGGUACAAUAUGUUCGUUUCUCAUUUCCAAAAUAACAAUAAGCUGAUUAUUGAUUAUAGAUUACUUUGAUUAUUAAAAAACAAAAAAAGCGUUGGAUGAAAAAAAUAUAUGCCACAUAGUGAGUAAAGUGUUAAUAAUGUUGUUUUUUUUUUUAAUAUUCACAUAUUGUAACGUCCCAUUCAAAUUUCGAUUUACAUUUAUACGUAUUACGAUAAAUAUAAUAAAGAACGCGGCGACAUUUCUGGCUUCAUUUUAUAUUAUUAAAGAAGUUGUUUUUUUUUUUUUAUAAAUUUUUAUACGAAAAAAUAUAUGUCAUGCAAUAUGAUAGCCAAGUUGGGUGAUUAUUUUUUUGGUUUUUUUUUUCUUGAAAAAACAAUAUUUUUAAUAAAAUAUGUUUGUGUAUUUAAUGAUAUAAUAUGCAGCAGGAAGCUAGUCCCGUCGCGAGACGCAUUUCACUGUAGUUUAAGUAAUUUGUUCUUUGAAUGAAUCUUUUUGUACAUUCCAGGGUUUUUUGUUCGGUUAACUUGACGUUCGACUCUAGCUAAGGAUGCGUUUGUUUUUUUUAAAUUACUUUUUCAUUUGGUUGUCACGGAGCAUAUUGAAACAGUUGAAUUGUAACAGUGAUCACUGAACGCAGUCUCAGAGUCGAGAUUAGCACAAUUUUUUUGUACUCGGACUACGCCUAAAGUAUAUCAUGACGACUGAAGAAAAAAAACAUUACAAAUUGUACAUAAUAUAAAUACUAACGUGUUAUAUUUCAUAUAGUUUUUUUAGUCUGUGGGCUAUAAAGCAGAUACUUAACUGGUUUUUUUAUUGGUAUUUUAAUGUCUUUUUCUAAUGUUUGAGAAUUUACUACGAUUAAAAUGUCUAUUUAACUAUCUCUUUCCCCCCCAAUAGUUUAAAAUGUAGUUAGAGAGUGAGAUAGAACUAAAAUAGUUAUUAGUAACAGAUCCCUUAACGUCGGUACAAAUACUCAGUAGAUAUACAAUAUUAUGUAUACAGGAAUAAAGCUCCAGGCGUGAGAUCAAGAUAAAUAUUGCUAAAGAGGUGUUUAGGAAUUCAAAAAGGAACACUCUGUAUGUGACUGACACUUGAAAAAAAAAUGAUUAGCGUACACGAAAAAGUUUUGUCUUAAAUAUUAUAAUAGAAAAAAAUAUUUUCUUAAAAACCCAUUAACAGAGUGUUCAGAAAUUUAUUAUAUACGGCGACAACACAACAAGAUAAAAAAAAAAAUAUUUUAUAGUGAAUCACUUAAAAAAAUAUAUUAAUAAUAUUAAUCUAGAGGUCAGGACUAAUUGUAUAAAUAUAAUCUGUAUCAUAUAUAAUAUUGGUUAAUUCUUAUUGUCUCCUUUAUAUCAUACAACACUAACGAAUGAUUUGAUACGAUUUUUUUUUGUACAUAGGUACCGUUUAUAGACGUCUCUAUUAAUUCUCUAUAUACACUUAGUUACAAUUUGUAAAUAAAAAAAAAAUAUUUUCGAUUCAGCUUAACAAGUUCUAUAUAAUAUUUUAUUAUAUAAAUAAUUUCGGUAAUUAAAAAAAAUAUAUAUAUUACAGUAAUCUUGUAAUUUGCGGGCGAAUAGUUUGGAUCUAUCUUCCAAUACGUGUCGUCUAACCUUUGACCCUAGUUUAUAGUGAAAUUUCAUGUUUUGAUUAUUUCUAUCAUGUGAACCUGGUUUAAUAUCACUUAAACCAUGCCUUGCUUAGAAACUUUUUUUGAUUUUUUUUUUUUAAUAAUCGAAAAUAACACAGAUAUUAUUUUUUAUUAAGAUUUUUUUUUUUGUUAUUUAUCGUUUUCAGUAUUGUUUUUUUUAUAUGUUUGGAAAAUUUAUCGAAAAACCGAUUCGGUGCUUCUCUGGUACGUCAUCAAUGAUGCCAAAAGAUUUUAGCUCUUUACAGAAAAUCCAAAAUUUUUGACAUGACCCUAGCGUCAUCCUUCGCUGACAUUUUUUUCCAACGAUGAAAUAAUUUCUUUAUAUAUAAUUGUUAAGCAAUAAAUAACAUAGUAAUAUAUAGGAAAGAUGCAAUACAUCCUAAACUAGUGUAAGCUAAUGUCUUUUCUUGCACAUGUAUUAUUUGAUAAUUCUUUGUUUGUUUUUUUUUUGUUUUUGUUUUCAUAUAAUUGCAUUUCCUUACCGCCCCCAAACAUUUCAGCACUUCUCAUGAUUUCAGCCUUUAAUUACGACAAUUUCAAUAUAUAUAUGUAAUUUUUUUGUAGCGACUGUAAUGUAUUACGUUUAUACAUAGGAAAUUUUUCCGUUUGUCAGUAGCAAUGUGCAAACUGUGUAAAAAUAUACAAAAAUUGUUAAUUCUGUUUUUGUAUAUUUAUUAAUCUAUGAGAAAAAAAAAAACAUUUUUAUUACUAAAUGUUUUUUUUUGUUUGUUUCUGUACUCACAUGUUGUAAGCGUGUCUCAGGUGUCAUGAGCUGCGGAGUGAGUCGACCUUACUGUCACUAAUCCUCGAGCUGAUAGUUGUGUAUGUGUUGCGCUUGUCCUAAUAAUCAGGUUUUGAAUA